AACAUUUAUAAAUAUCAGUACAGUAAGUACUCUGUACGCACAUCGCACGCAACGCAUUACAUGUGCCACAUCCAAUACGUUCGGUACAUAUUCAGCGCGCAUUUGAAAUUAAAGUGGCACUAACAGCAAGUGAUAACACCGAACAUGAAGCGUACGAAGCGCAGGUACCCCUCACAAAUUCUCAAGUAGUUGAUAACGAUGUCAUCCACAUAAAAAAUGUAAUAUAUUAUGCAAAAAUGCAAAACUACAGUUGAAAUUGUUCUAAAAACAAUCCGAAAAUCAAGUAGUUUAUUUUAGUGUGUGGCGCAAAUAUUUACACAAAAAUGGUGGAUUUGAGAAGCAUCGAGCAUUUAUUCCAUGCUCUUGAAGUACUUGGCCAAGUUAUACCAUCAUUCUUCCUGACUGUGAUAUGCACUACUCUGUCUGCUGCCUUAAUCACCCAGCCACACAAAACAAUCAAGUUCCUCUGCAUGGAGUUUGUUUUAUUGGUGGUGCCAAUUGUUUUAUUCAACACUGUGCUAAACAAAUACCCUGGAACCAUCAACAUCAUACUGCUGGUAGUAAUGGUGAUAACUAUCUUUCUGUUUCAAAAUCAAAUCAAUCAGAAACCUCAUAGAGAAGCUGGAGAUUACAAAACAAAAACAUCUGACAAACCAUCAACUAAAAUCUUAAAUUUUGUGACAAACUCAAGAAGCAUCAUCAACCUAAUCGCUGUGGUUGCAAUAUUAGCAGUGGAUUUUACAAUAUUUCCAACACGCUUCCACAAAACAGCCAGAUAUGGCGUCUCUCUAAUGGAUGUGGGCGUGGGGCUCUAUAUGUACGGAAACGGAAUCGUCGCAUGUGAAAUACGCGGCGUUCAACAUUCAAUCAGGAAAACAUUCGUCAACGUCCUGCCGAUUUUAGUCAUCGGUGUGUUGCGUUUUGUCACCACUUAUCUAACGCACUAUCAUGUCAACCCGCAUGAAUACGGUGUGCACUGGAACUUUUUUAUUACUCUGGCUGUGGCCAAGUUGUUGAGCGCUGUGUUGAUGACAUUAAUAACGCCUUCGUUCAAAACCUGCCUUGGAAUAGGCGUAGCUGUGAUUGCAAUGCAUCAAACGCAAUUAUCUUUGGGUAUCGAAGAGUGGGUAUGGUCGGAUGUAGGUAGGGACAAUUUAAUCACUGCAAAUCGCGAAGGAAUCAUCAGUACUUUCGGAUAUGUCGGAAUUUACUUCCUGUCAGUUGCUGUGGGAUUCAUUAUUCAUAAAAUCAAACAAAAAAUGAUAGUAUUCUGGAUACUAUUGACUCUGAACAUCGCCAUUGCUUUGUCAGCAAUAAUUCUACACGAAUUAUUCAAUAUUAGUCGAUGUUUGGCGAACAGUACAUACAUUUUAUGGAUACUAUUCAUCGGGUGCUUGAUGUCGUUUCUUCUGUUUUGUUACGAAUGUUUCCUGAAUGUUAUUUAUACCAAUCACGACGCGGUUGUUUACUGCCCGCAACUUUUCGAAGGAAUUAACUACAAUGGUUUGACGUAUUUUCUGGUAGCUAACUUGUUGACCGGUGGGAUUAAUUUGAGUAUGAAGACAUCCAGCGUGAGUGCUGAACUGGCACUCGUGAUUAUUCUCUUGUACAUGUGGAUUAAUUCCGUGAUCGUCGCGUUUCUAUUUUCUAAGAAAAUUAAAUUAAAAUUAUAAGUGUUUGUGUACAUAUUGCUUAAGAAAAAUUAACACUGAUGCUAAUUUUGUUACCUGUUUACUGUUUUUAUAUUUGUUACAAUAAUAAAUAAUAUAAUUAUA